AUGCAACAACCAUGCUUGCUGCGCCACGCCAAAGAUCGCGUGCCGCGCUUGCCCAACGUUCUCACGACUUUUCCAGCGGCGACCACGCCUCGGCUGCAAGGGUGGCCUGGUGCUGUGGUGAUUGCCACAUUGCCGAAAGUGCUUCGGAGAGCAGGUCUAAGAUCCCACGUUCCGCCUCAUUGGCCCGGCAAAGCCUCGAAGUCACGGAGAAAACCAGGGGCAGAGCAGGAGUUCUUGGAUGCACAGGCAAAGAUACCGAUUGAAACUGGUUGGUGGUUUGAAGAAGUGAGUCCACGGCCGCCUUUCGAUGAAUUGGGAGAGUCUUGGAACGCUGCCAAGUUGGACGAUGAACUUUUGAACGCCUUGCUGCGUGAAGGGUUUGUCCGACCCAGCGCUUCGCAGCGGUGGGCUGUUCCACUGCUGUUGGCGGGGAAGGAUGUGAUGGUUUGCUCGCAAACAGGUUCUGGGAAGACCCUGGCCUACCUGGUGCCUUUGCUGCAACUGCUGGCCCACCGUCCCCCACAGCGGCCACCACGUCCGGGCGCCGUGGUGCUGGCGCCCACGCGGGAAUUGGCGUCGCAGAUUGCAACGGAGGCGAUGGCCCUGUGUCGAGAGGGCGAGAUGAAGGUGGCCUGCAUCUUCGGGGGCGUGCCAUACCGAUCCAGCAGAGAGGAGCUCCAGCAGGGUGCGGAUCUACUCGUAGCCACCCCGGGGCGACUGGAAGACGCGUGUCAACGGGGAGAUGUGCAGCUCAGAGGCGUGCGCGUUGCCGUCUUGGACGAGGCGGACCGGCUGCUGGAUCUGGGCUUCGAGGAUCAGAUCCGUCUGCUGCUGACGCGGCGCAUGCCGAGGACGGGCGAAGGCCGGCAGACGGCCAUGUUCAGCGCCACCUUCGGCACCGGCGUCCAGCACCUGGCGGCCGAUUUCCUCGACGCCUACACCUUUGUGGCCGUGGGUCGCGUGGGCAGCGCCGCCCAGACGGUGCAGCAACGACUGCUGUGGGUGGAGGAGGACCGAAAAGCCAAGGCUCUCCUGGGUACCUUACUGGCCCUGGAAGCGACGUCGCCAUCUCCGCAGGCUCCGCUGAGUGCCGUGUGCUUUGUGAACACCAAAGAUGCGGCGCGGCUUGUGGAGAAAAAGGUGAAAAAUUGGAAAUUUCGUUGCUUUUCCAUCCAUGGCGACAAGAAGCAAGCAGCCAGGGAGGAGGCCCUGCGUCACUUCCGCGCCCACGUGGAAGGCGGUGGCAAAGCCUCGAAGGCACUGGCGGUGUUGGUGGCCACGGAUGUGGCGGCGCGGGGGUUGGACAUUCCCAACAUCUCCUGUGUGAUCCACUACGACCUGCCCCGGCGCAUCGACGACUAUGUGCACCGCACCGGGCGCACGGGGCGCUUCGGGCGCAGCGGCGUCAGUGUGGGCUUCGCCAACGCGGCGCAGCGCGGCGUCAGCGCCGAGCUGCUGCGGAGCCUGGUGGAAGCGGGGACCCAGCCGCCAGCGUGGCUUCUGGGUAUGGCCAUCGCCAGUGGGACCGCCCUCAAGGACCUGCAGCCCUUCCUUGACGGCGACAGCCACGUCGCAACGGAGGGGUUGCCGGAGGGGCAACGUGCCGGCAGCUAUGGCGCCCAAGACGUGCGAAGCGCCGGCGCUGGGCUGCAGACGCAGAAGGAGCGGCGCGAGGCGCAGAAGCUGCGGAGCUUCGCGGAGGUCUCUAAGUCGAUGCGUCACAAUCCCUUGGCCCAUGAUAUCCUGGAGGAGGAAGCCACCCGUGGCAUCCGAAGAACACCGCGCAGCAAGCAGCGGAAGGGUGGUGAGGAGGAUGAGGAGGGAGGUAGCGUGGUGCCUUCCAGUGUGGCCAAGAAAGUGCUGGGGAUGGUUCAGUCGCAAAAAGCGGAUGAAGAAGACGGAGACUUUGGCUCCGAACUCGCAGACCAAGAGGUCAAUAGUACCCUCGACGUUGAGGAGGCAGAGGAAAUUGACGUUGAAGUCGAUGAGGAUGGCUUCAUUGUGGGUCCCAAUGCCUCCGAAGAAGAUGAAAGGGCAAUGUCCUUGUUUCUUCCAAGCAAGUCUUCUGCACAGGCCGGCCCCACCCUGGCCGACAUCAUCCUGCAGAAGAUCCAGGAGGCCGAAGCCCGAAAAGCUUCGGGAGAGAGUGCUCCCAACGAAGAGCAGGGACUUUCCCCGAAGGUCGUGGAGGUGUACAGCGACAUUGGGAAGUUCCUGCGAUUUUACAAAUCGGGCCCAGUUCCCAAGGCUUUCAAGGUGAUCCCGAGCUUAACCAACUGGGAGGAGGUCCUCGCCCUGACAUCCCCAUUAACCUGGAGCCCAGCAGCCAUGUACCAGGCCUCCGUGAUUUUCGUGUCCAACCUGAACCCGCGUAUGGCUCAACGCUUCUUCAACUUGGUCCUGUUGCCAGCGGUGCGUCAAGACAUUGGAGAGCAUAAGAAGCUGAAUUUCCACUACUACAGGGCCUUGAGGAAGUCGCUGUUCAAACCCGCGGCCUUCUUCAAGGGUAUUUUGCUGCCUUUAGCAGCAGAGAACUGCACCCUGCGCGAGGCCGUGAUUUUGGGUUCGGUGGUGUCGAAGGCUUCGGUUCCGGUGAUGCAUGUUGCAGCCUGCAUUGUGCGCCUAUGCACCAUGACGCCCUGGUACGGCACCACAGCCAUUCUACUGGCGGCGCAGCUGAACAAGAAGUACGGCCUGCCAUUGAAAGUCAUCGAAAUUCUCGUGGCGCAUUUCUGCGCCUUCGCAACGGAGGAACGGGUUUUGCCUUUGGUGUGGCAUCGAGCCCUCUUGAUCUUUGUGCAGAGAUACAAGUUUGACCUGUCGCCCGAUCAGAAGAGACGCAUCAAGGAACUGCUGCGAGUGCAUCAUCACGAUUCCGUGGCGCCCGAGAUCAGACGGGAACUGGCAGCCAAGGUGGGCGAGGACCCUGCGGCAGCGGGGUAUGGUGGGGCCAUGGCCAUGGAAAUUGGCUGA